UAAGUAACCAAAUACYUAACAAUAUUCGCUUUUGGUUUCUUGCAGUAGUGAUCGUUCUUUCGAUUGGAUCGAMGGAAGCCUGCGUUUCUCGGCCUCUCCAACUCACCAUUAAAUGGUAUUAACAGUAUGCUGAGAAGAUGAAGUGUUUUUGACUGCUAUAUCGAUCAGAUCAAGAUGGCGAAGAAUUGUUCCUUGUUCCCCGAAAACCCAGAACAUUGUACGACGAUUGUAGCAGUGAAAAGAGUGCUUGCCGUUCUGUCGAUGGUUGGAUGCUUAUUCAUCAUUUUURUAAUAUGGCUUUUCAAGAAGUACAAAUAUUUUGCUCAAAGGCUGAUCCUAGCUUUGAGCAUUGCUGCCUUCCUGGAUGUAAUUUCUUUUUUAAUGGGUGAUCUUCAUCCUAAGGAUGGACCAGCUUGUGUCUUUCAAGCUUGGUGGCUGUCAUUCUUUGAUUUUUCUGUAUUGCUGUGGGUGAGCUGCAUCACAUUUAAUCUGUAUUGGAAUGCAAUAAAAAAUACCAGAACAGAGAAAUUUGAAAAGUUGUACCAUUUAUGUUCAUGGGGUAUAUCACUUAUCAUGGCGUGUAUUCCACUCUUUGGCAACCGUUAUGGACCUGCUGGAGCUUGGUGCUGGAUCAAACGAAACAUGCCUAAUAGUACUGUAUGGAGAAUGAUGAUGUGGUAUGUUCCAUUGUUCAUCAUUGUGUUUGCCAUGUUUGCUGUGUAUAUAUAUAUCUUUGUGGUCUAUAGACGACAGGCUAAAACCUGGGCGGGAACCUAUAAUGCUGAAGAUGAGCGCAAUAGGGCCAUGAUGAAAGAGCAUGUCAAGCCGCUAAUGGCAUACCCAUGUAUAUACUUGGUGACGUCAAUAUUUCCAUUAGCUCACAGAAUCUACAAUGCAACUUCUUCUACUCCUAAUUUCCCUCUACUACUCCUUCAUGUGAUUUCCAAUCCUUUAGCAGGGGCGCUUUUUGCCAUUGUAUUUGGUAUGGACAAGGAGACUUUUAGCCGGCUCAACUGGCCACAAAUGAAGCUUGCUUUUGCUCAACAUUCCCGCGCAAGRAAACCUUUGGUCAGAGAAUAUCCUGUGGGCGAUACUACAGAAGUUCGUCCUAAYGACGACUCAUCGUGGUCAUCUACGUCAUCAGAGUCUCCACCAGUCCCUCCCCAAGAAUCUGAUAUCACACGUCGUGACACUGGUGCAGUUACCACUGAAGAUUCUACGGCAACUGGUUCAAAUAUAAAAUCAGAUUAAUGGAGUUAGUAGCUUGGAAAACACGCACUCUGCGUCUUGUACGUCCUAUGUCUACUACUGAGGAACGUCUCCUAAAUUGACACCUCAUAUUAACACUUCCUUAAUGCAGACACUUUUAUAUAAUGGAUUAUUCUCAAAAUAUGGACUGUCCACCUCCAAAAUAUGGAGGCUUCCAUACCUAUUGCAAACAUUGCAAACACCAAAAUACGAACGUUUCCAUCCCAAUCACGACUACCUCGACCACAAUACCACCCAGUAAUGCGGUCACCUUUAAGGAAAGACAUUACACGGUCAUCGUUGGUAGGAAAAAAACUCCUUAAUUUCGUACACUGACGUUGUUUCUGAUGGUUUCUUGUCAACAUGUAGUUUGCAACAACAUCAGAAGAUUACAUUUACUGAAUAAUGCAAGAURUCAAGAUUUUUUUACUAGCAUUAUACAAGCUAAAAAAUCAUUAAAAGUAGAAAUGGAUUGAGUUCCUACGCACGGACCUUGAAGUCAGGGCGGGGCUCAAUUUCCCAAUUCUAACAAAAAACCUUUCGUGUAAAAGUUUUGCGAAUAAAUGACAUAAGCGAACUGAAUAGUCAAGAAAAACUAAAGUUUUAUUCUAUGUACUUUUUCCGACAAUUUCGUAUUACAGAUGUAUUCACAACAGAAGGCAGAUAGUGAAUGGUUGUUAACUCAUUAAAUUAAUGUAAGGUAUGCAUAAAAGUACAGUCAAAACAUGGUGGAUUGUCAAUAAACUCAACAUUACACUUUUGAAGGA